AACGUGGCCUUAUGAAGCGAACCGGGCCUAUAUCAAAGAGAAGCACACGGAAUUGACACGCACAUCUCUCUUAAAAUAUUACAUUACUGUAUUUAAACACAGACACACGCGCGCGCUGAAACAUGGAAGACGCGGAGCAUAGUGCAGCGGUGCCAGACGGAUCCAGUAACCUUUCGGAUACGGUAAACGGGACCGCGGGCCGGUUUGUGUCCAGCGCCGAGGGCACUGCACUGGCAUACGGCAGUUUGCUGUUCAUGGCCCUUCUACCCAUAUUUUUCGGAGCUUUGAGAUCGGUGGGCUGCUCCAAGACUAAGAAUGCUUCAGAUAUGCCUGAGACCAUCACAAGCAGAGAUGCCGCACGCUUCCCGAUUAUAGCCAGCUGUACUCUCUUUGGCCUGUAUCUUUUUUUUAAGAUUUUCUCUCAAGAAUACAUAAAUUUACUGUUAUCUAUGUAUUUCUUUGUGCUGGGAAUACUAGCACUUUCACACACCAUGAGUCCUUUUAUGAACAGGGUUUUUCCUGCCAACCUGCCAAAUAAGCAAUACCAGCUGCUUUUCACACAGGGUUCUGGGGAAGGCAAAGAAGAAAUUGUCAACUAUGAGUUUGACACUAAGGAUCUGAUAUGCCUGGUCAUCAGCAGUGUGGUGGGGUUCUGGUACAUUCUUAAGAAGCAUUGGGUAGCGAAUAACCUAUUUGGUCUGGCCUUUGCUUUGAAUGGAGUUGAGCUGCUCCACCUAAACAAUGUCAGCACUGGCUGCAUCCUCCUGGGAGGUUUGUUUGUUUAUGAUGUGUUUUGGGUUUUUGGCACCAAUGUUAUGGUGACUGUUGCAAAGUCUUUUGAAGCCCCCAUUAAGUUGGUUUUUCCUCAAGAUUUGCUGGAAAAAGGUUUAGAUGCUCGUAAUUUUGCUAUGCUUGGACUGGGGGACAUUGUCAUUCCAGGAAUCUUCAUUGCUUUGCUCCUACGCUUUGAUGUCAGUUUAAAGAAGAAUACAAGAACUUACUUUUAUACCAGCUUCCUGGCAUACAUAUUUGGUCUUGGUCUCACUAUAUUUGUCAUGCACACCUUUAAACAUGCUCAGCCUGCUUUGCUAUACCUGGUCCCUGCUUGUGUUGGAUUUCCAGUACUGGUGGCCCUGAUUAAAGGAGAACUGACUGAGAUGUUCAGGUACGAGGAGUCUUCACUGGAUGACGGACCAUUGAAAGAAGAAAUGACAGAACCUGACAAAGACAAAUAAGUGUGAAAUGAGUCCUUAUUUAUGUCCUUGAUUUGUCCUCAGUUUGUCAUAGUGCAGUUCAUUCGGAAACCUGUCACAAUCUGCAUUUGCUAAUGGCAAACUGUUCUGUACUUUAAACUUGUACAGUAGCUUUUUCAGUGCCUGUAUCUCUUCUUUUUUUUUUUCAAUGCCUUCCACAUUCUUACUCAAUAAUUUAAUUGGAUUGGAUAUUUAAUUUUUUAUUUGUGAAGUGUAGAAGAUAGACUUUGUAUGUUAAAUGCUGAGCAGAUAUUUUUACAAAUCUGUCUUAUACCGCAUGGAUUCACAUGUAGCAGUUUUUUCCCUCUAGGAUCACAUAAGGGACUAAUAUUGUGAUGUGAAUUAAGUUGCUUUGCACUCUCCCUAUACUAUAAUGAGACAAAACAUUUAUAUGAAAUAAGUUACUUUGUAUAAUAAAAAACAGUAUAAAUAAGUUGGACCAAAUAUUCCUUAAUUUUUGAAUGUUUUUCACAAAUUCAGACUUUAAAUUGACCAGUUAUUAUUCCAUAUUGAGGACAGGUUUGUUCAACUCCUGCUUAGAUUAGUUCAGUUACCAUCAUUUUACAAUUUCUUCUUGUGUCAUCUGGGGGAAUUUAAAGUGUAAGUUGAAACUUAAAUGAAGAGCAUUUUUUUUCUCAAUUAUUUUUUCUUUGCAUUAAAGUGCUGUUUACCAUUAAUAGAA